AUGGAUUUGGGAAUUUUGACAUAUGAUGAAACUGAAUGGGCUACAACGCAUACUGGAAAUAAAGUGAAUAAGAAGCAUGGAAUUACCGGAACUCAAAAUAUUAUUAUUGCAGGAAAGGUGAGAGAUUUAGGGAGGGUUCUGAAAAUCAUGAAAAAUUGCCUAUUUUGAGCCUAGAAACAUGAAUAUGUCUGAAAUUUGAAUAUUUACAGUCAUUUCAAGCUUAAAAACACAUUUCUGUCCAAAAAUCACGGAAAUAGUGAAUUUUAAGCCUGAAAGGUGAGAUGUUUGCUCAAAUUUCGAUAUUUGAACUCAGAAGUUAGCUGAAAAUUAGAUAACAUUAUUCUCUCACUAAAAGUGUAAACUUAUGAAAAAUUGCUCAUUUUAAGCGUAGAAUCAUGGAAAUGUCUGAAAUUAACGUUUUUAUCAAUAAUUUCAAGCUCAAACUAUAGAUUUUCAGCCAAAAAAUCAAUAAAUUUUGAUGAAUUUGAGAUUUGUAAUUGCCAUAUGGAAUUUGUUAGCCAGAAUUCUAUUUUUACAGAAAAUUUUUAUUUAAAAAUUAUGAAACUCUUCGGAAAAUCAAUAAAAAUACUAUGAAGACUAAUUUUUAAUAUAUUCCCCCCAAAAUCUUCAUUUAUUUUUUUGCAGUCAAUAAUCGAGAAAUCAGUAUCAAUUCGCGGCGGUUUGGCGGCAGUUCGAAUCGGAAAAAAUUGCAUUUUGAAGUCGGGUUGUCAUAUUCGACCAUGUUUCAAAUAUUUCAACAAAAAACCCACGCAAUGUAAUACAAUUAUUGGAGAUUAUGUUUUUAUGGAAGAGGUUUGUGAAAGGGGGACUAGAACCCCAAACUCGAAAAACUCUUCCAUAUUUCCAGGGUUGCAUCGUCAACGCAUCUCAAAUCUACAGUUUUGUCCAUUUGGGUGCCCGUUGUAUAUUAGGAAAUGGUUGUGUGAUUCGAGAAUGUUCCCGUGUCCUACCAGGCUCCGUAAUUCCACCCGACACAAUUUUCCCGCCAUUUUCGACGAUUGGCGGUUCGCCAGCUCGAGUCAUUGGAAAUGAGCCGCUUUGCACCGAAAAUCUGAUGAUCGAAGCGUGCACGAUGUAUUAUGAGAAUUUUGUGCCCAAAAAUUCGCACAAACCUUCGCUGACCUAA